AUGUUUCUCCCUUCCUCUCUUACCCCCUCCGCCUCUCUCACCCUCUCCCUCUCGUUCCACUCACCACUCCCCCACCAUCUCCCUCUCUCACUCCCAAUUCUCCUCCAGGGUAUCAACUGCUCUGCUCUCCUUCCUAAGGGUCGCGAGCUCGUGGUGAAAGAGCUUCUGUCAAAUUGCUCUGCCUUCUACUACGUUCAGCCUGCCGACACAUGCUCGUCCGUGGCUCAGUUUCUCAGCAUCACCGAGAAGAGCCUGCAGCAGCUCAACCCUGGUGUUACCUGCUCCUCUCGCCUGCUUGCGUUCCGCUCUCUCUGUGUGGAGCGCAACCCAGCCAAAGCCAGUCCGCGAUGUGCGAAUACGGUACAGAUUGGCAGCAGGGUGGACUUCAAGCAGGUGGCGGCAUCCAAUGGAGCCACCAUGGUGGACCUCUGCAGGCUCAACCCCUGGAUCUCCUUCCGCGAUUCCCCGCGCGACACUGAUCAUCUUUGUGUGGCUGCCCAAUACUCUACAGCUCCUUCGAGCAACACCACAGCUCCUGCCAGCAACACCACAGCUCCUUCUGAAUACCCCGAUGCACAGAGUUCAAGCAGUCAGAAUUGGGAGGCUGUUUCGUCCAUCACAGUCACAGGCAGCGACUGGAGGUGCAAGGACGUGUACACCGUGUAUGGCCUCACGCUGCAGCAGUUCACCGCCAUGAACCCGGGUAUCAACUGCUCUGCUCUCCUUCCUAAGGGUCGCAACCUCGUGGUGAAAGAGCUUCUGUCAAAUUGUUCUGCCUUCUACUACGUCCAGCCUGCCGACACAUGCUCGUCCGUGGCUCAGUUUCUCAACAUCACCGAGAAGAGCAUGCAGCAGCUCAACCCCGGUGUUAGCUGCUCCUCUCGCCUCCUUGCCUUCCGCUCCCUGUGUGUGGAGCGCAACCCAUCCAAGGCCAGGCCGAAAUGUGUGAAGGUGAAGGAUCUCGGCCGAGUGGUGGACUUCAAGCAGGUGGCGGCAUCCCAUGGAGUCACCAUGGUGGACCUCUGCAGGCUCAACCCCUGGAUCUCCUUCCGUGAUUCCCAGAGCAACAAGAGUAGUGUAAGUUUGGGCACAUCUUUAGCUGCAUUGUUGUGA